AUGGCGGACGUGGAAAUGAAAGAAGCCAGCUCUGCCGCCGCUGUCAAAGCAAAGGGAUCGUCGAAAGCUUCCGAAGGUGCCAGUGACGGCAAGAAGAAGUUUGAGGUUAAGAAGUGGAACGCGGUCGCUCUGUGGGCGUGGGAUAUUGUCGUCGACAACUGCGCAAUCUGCCGUAAUCACAUCAUGGAUCUCUGUAUCGAGUGCCAGGCCAACCAAGGUUCGUCUACAACUGAAGAGUGUACAGUUGCUUGGGGUAUCUGCAACCAUGCGUUCCACUUUCACUGCAUCUCGCGGUGGCUGAAAACCCGUCAAGUUUGUCCCCUCGACAAUAGGGACUGGGAGUUCCAGAAGUACGGCCGGUAA